AUGUCUAACAAGAUAGCGAAAACGAUAGCACGGCAGAAGGAGAAGAUUGCCGAAGGAAACUACUACGAGGCCCAUCAACAGCUCCGAGUCAUUACCUCCCGCUACCUCAAGUCCUCCGACUAUACCUCUGCCGCCGAUAUUCUAUCCAAUGGCUCCCUCAUGCUUCUCAAAGCUGGUCAAGGUGGUUCAGGAGGAGAUCUGGCUAUCACGCUAUUGACAGAUGUGUAUACGAAGGCCUCGUGGCCAGUCAAUGACGCGAAUAAAAGGAGAGUAAUAGAGAUCCUACAAGCCUUCGCACCAGGCGAACCAACACGGAAACGCUUCAUUCAGGAACUAAGCACGUGGAUGACAAAGGAGGGAAUCGAAGGUUCCAAUCAAGAAAGAGGCGACCCAGAACUCCACCACGAUAUUGGUGUCCUCCUUGCCAACGAGGGCGAAGCAUACGAAGCUGAACGCCAUCUACUGCUCGGUCAAGUACCACAAUCCGCUCAGCCAUUGGCCCACAUGCACUAUAAUUGGUACAAAGAGGAUAGUCCUCACACAGCAGCAAUCUACGCAUCUCGUUCAGUCCUACCCUACCUCGUCCUUGGAAACCUACAAUCUGCAACCAUAGCAAUGGCGGUCUUUACAUCACAGCUCUUGUCCAACAACACCUCAAUACCUACACAAACCAUCGAGUCUUCGAGAUCUUCAGUGCGAAUAUUCCCGUCGUUACCACUCCUGAAUUUCCUCUCCCUACUACUCCUGGCAGUACAGAAGUCGGAUAAGUCGUUGUUUCAACAGUUAGCGAGACACUAUGCGGCACACCUAAAAGAUGUUGGUGACAUAUGGACUGAUGCUCUUGCACAGAUAGGUGAUAUAUGGUUUGGUAUUAGAUUACCGAGGCAAGGUGGGAAUCCAUUGUUCGAUAUGAUGGGUAGUAUGUUGUUUGGAGGUGGUGGGAAUCAGGCACAGAAGAGUUCGGCAGGUUCUUCUCAGGCUAGAUCUUCGACACCGCAACCUCAGGCUCAGAUUAAGGCGCCUGUUGCUAUGGAUUUGGAUUAA